AACAUAUAACAUUAGGCUACGUUUAUGUUGGUCGUUCAUAGAGCCUACUUAGUUUAAAGUUCACGUCGAGGCUGUAUGUUUCAAAUAACGUCCAAUAUACUAUAUGGUAGGUUAUCUUAUUCUCCGUGUUAAUCAUUGCGAUACACUAGUUUAAUCGAUAACCGAGAUGACGUUGCUCAUCUGAAAACAAGUUUGCCAAUGCAACCAGGUGCAAAUCUCAGGCCUAGUUGACACACUUUAAAUAGGCAAUGUUGUAUACCAAUACUGCCCACUCAACAGUCUAGACUUGGCAAAAAACUCUGUCCUAAAAUAGUUUAGGCAGCUCAGUAACUGGUGUGAAUGUCAUUAUCAUCAUGGAAAAUCAGGCGUGAGAGAGUGCUCUACUCACUGUAAUGUAUUCAAAGUAUUCAGAGUGAGUCCAAACAUUAACGUGUGUGUGUGUGUGUGUGUGUGUGUGUGUGUGUGUGUGUGUGUGUGUGUGUGUGUGUGUGUGUGUGUGUGUGUGUGUGUGUGUGUGAGAGAGACCUACAAAAAAGACCUGUCCAACUCCCCUCAGCCUACAUUAACAAGCACACACAGGGCUGUUAUUAAAAGUAUGGGUUAGUGGGUUGAUGCCCAGCAGAACUGGUGUGUAAACAACACUGCAGCUUGUGUGUGUGCAUGUAGAUCUGAGAUCAGUUCCUAGGCCUGUGGAUGGACCAGCUUGUCUCUGACAAUAUUUAACAUUCUUAUCAUUCAGCAGUCUGCACAGGGCGGAGGAGAGAACAGGGAAAAAAGGACAUGUUCAGACUCUGGACAGAUAAUAAUGUAUUACCAACAUACACACUGCAUUACUCAUUGUAGCAUGAUAUUGCUUCAGACACACAAAUUACACACUGUGUGUGUGUGUGUGAAGUAGAAAAGGAGCUGUUCACUGCAGACAAUGUCAUCCUUAGGGAGGGGCUAAACUACAUUUUUUUUUAACCUUUAUUUAACCAGGCAAGUCAGUUAAGAACAUAUUCUUAUUUUCAAUGACGGCCUGGGAACAGUGGGUUAACUGCCUUGUUCAGGAACAGAACGACAGAUUUGUACCUUGUCAGCUCGGGGGUUUGAACUCGCAACCUUCCGGUUACUAGUCCAACACUCUAACCACUAGGCUACGCUGCCAGUUUCCAGAGUCUGGAGGUGUUUCAUUAAGAUGUGUGUGUGUUCUCUCCCCAGGUUGUGGAGAGAUGGACUGAGGGUUGUGUCAGUGUGAGUGAGUGACGCGUAAUUCAGAGUGCAAAGACACAGAGACGUGACAGUCCCGCGUCCCAUUGUGACAUAGUUACGCUGCUCUGAGACCACUGUCUGCAGGGGGGAACACAUAGCCAUAACGGGUACCUCCCCAACAUUCCCAACCAACGCGGCUCUGAGACCACAGUCCGCGGGGGGAACACACAGCCAUAACGGGUACCACCCCAACAUUCCCAACCAACGCGGCUCCACAUACGCGUCCCUCUAUUGAUUUGAAUGUGUUGACAGUUGGAGAAAUAGCUUGAGCCGCAUUGAGAAUUAGAAAAGUAUGAAAGCCAAUGGUCCAAUAUUCUAGAAUACUGCUGUGUGUGCACAUUUUGGACACUGAUAGACGUGUGUGUGUGUGUGUGUGUGUGUGUGUGUGUGUGUGUGUGUGUGUGUGUGUGUGUGUGUGUGUGUGUGUGUGUGUGUGUGUGUGUGUGUGUGUGUGUGUGUGUGUAAGAGGUUGAGUAACCUGCUGUAACAGACAUGCCCAAACCUGAUCUACUGUGUUUGGUUCAACUACUGGACAACACUAUCCAGACCUUUACAGUCAACAAGCAGGAUGCAGGUGAGGUUUUGCUGGAGCAGGUGUGUAACCAGCUGGGUCUGCUGGAGAAACACUUCUUCAGUCUGCAGCUACGAGACUCCAACACCACCAUCGUCACUCAAACACACUCUCCUAGGUGGCUGGAGGCCAACAAACCACUGAAGAAGCAGCUGAAAG